AUGGGCCUUCUCUCACUCGGAAGAAAAAGGCCUCCGACGGGGAAAAAGGUCGAUGAUGACGUGUCAGAUACCGAUUCGGUAUCAGCCCCAAGCCUCGCCACGACAGGCCCCGGUAGUUCCUCUCGCGACUCCUCCCCAGCCAAACCGUCCGCCGCGUCCGGAGACGCCAGCCGGACGGGAGUUAAGGACGUCCCUCGCCGGCCGGGUUCCGCCGCGGCGAAAGAAGCGCCACACACUGUGAACAUCCUUAAAAAGACGUACGAGAACGUGCAAGACUUCUACGUCAUGGGGAAGGAGUUAGGUCGCGGGCAAUACGGCGUGAUCCGGCUGUGCACGGAAAAAGCGACGGGGUUGUCGCUGGCGUGUAAGAGUAUCAAUAAGGCGAAGCUGGCGGGGACGCGCGAGGUGGAGGACGUGCAGAGGGAAGUGAAGGUGAUGGAGCUGCUUAAAGGCCAUCCUGCCGUGAUCGAGCUCCGCGCGACUUACGAAGACCAAAAGCGUGUGCACCUGAUAAUGGAGCUGCGCGAAGCUGACGACAAUGGCGGGCAGCGCGUACUACAUAGCGCCAGAGGUGCUGAACAACUGCUACGGGCUGGAGGCGGACAUGUGGAGCGUGGGGGUGCCAAGUUAACCACAAUGGCGGGCAGCGCGUAUUACAUAGCGCCUGAGGUGCUGAACAACUGCUACGGGCUGGAGGCGGACAUGUGGAGCGUGGGGGUCAUCCUCUACAUCCUGCUGUGCGGCCUGCCUCCGUUCUGGGCGGAGAAGGAGGAGGGCAUCUUCGCGGCCAUCAAGACGGGCAAGAUCGACGUGUUCACGGGCGUGUGGGAGGGCGUGUCGCAGGAUGCCAAAGACCUCGUGAUUAAGCUGCUGACCAGGGAUCCCUCCAAGCGGAUCACACCUGAGAAGGCAUUGGGCGUUGGGGAGGGCGUGUUCACAGGCCUUCGGGAGGGCGUGUUCACAGGCGUUUGGGAGGGCGUGUUCACAGGCGUUUUGGAGGGCGUGUUCACAGGCGUUUGGGAGGGCGUGUUCACAGGAGUUUGGGAGGGCGUGUUCACAGGCCUUUGGGAGGGCGUGUGGGAGUUCGUGUCGCAGGACGCCAAGUACCUUGUGAUUAAGCUCCUUACCCGGGAUCCGUCCAAGCGGAUCACACCAGACAAGGCAUUGGGUGAGUGGAGGGUGGUGGUGGGAGGAUGGGUUGUAGGAGAUGCGGAAUUACUACCUGAAGUGGAUGCAGGGCGUGUGGGAGGGUGUGAGGGAGGGAGGGUGUGUGUGUGGGAGGGAGGGCGUGUGGGAGGGAGAGUCCCACCGCUGGUGGAAGCAGCACGCGGGGGCAGCUCGUUUCCCCUCCUCCUCCCUCCUCUCUGGGAUCCAACUUUGAGUCAACUGAAGAUAAAAAUCCUGUAUUCCCCUCCUCUCCUCUUCCCCUCCUCUACCCCCCCUCCCCUCCCCAUCCCCUCUACCGCUCCCCUCUUCCCCUCCUCUACCCCCCCUUCCCCCCUCUCUCCCCCCUGUGCAGCCCACCGUUGGUUGAAGCAGCACGCGGGCGCAACCCGCUUCCCCUCCUCUGCCUCCCUCUCCGGAAUCCCCCCCAAGCCCGCCACUGCUGACGUCAUGGGCGCGUUCAGGCGCGACAGCAGCGUCAGCAGCAGCACAGGGGGGGGCGCGCGCCCGAGCUCCAGCAGCGGGGCGGGCGCAGGGGGAGGGGGAGGCGGAGGGGGGGCGCACCACCAUCAUCACGCAGGAGGGGGCGGGGUGGGGGGACUGGCGGGGGUUCUAGCAGGGGGAGACUCGUCCUUGCUUUCCAAAGCGAUUCUCUCCCUUAAGAAAGUUGGCAGUGGCAGCGGCGGCGGGGGCGGCGGGGGAGGAGGAGGAGGAGGAGGCGGGGAGGGAGCCCAUAGCGAUCUGCUAAUGCUUCUAGAAGCUCUGAAGAAAAAGGUGGGGGACGGGGGGGUGGCAGGAGCAGCAGGGGGAGCAGGACUCCCCCCUCCUAUAGUGCCUCGAUCGCGAAGCGUGGGCAUGAGUCGUAGUGGGUCGUUAUCAGGAGCUGAAUCCGAUGCUGACGGUGCUGCUGGGAAAGACAGACGGUCGGCGUCUGCCCGGCACGGCUCCGGAUUGGUCGGGGCAGACGACGAAACUUCCGAAGCUGCCCUGCAGGCGUUUCUCGCGGCUGCCCGGGAGGUGCUGAGGAAAGAUGGGGGGGAGGGAGGGGGGGGAGGUGCGGGAGGGGAGGAACGAUUGGCAAAACUUUUAGCUAAGCUCGAAGCAACGGGCGGUGGAGGAGGAGGGAGGGAGGAUCGACCGGGGUUACCUAGGGGCGGCAGCACGGGGGGGGGAGGGGCGGCAGGCCGGCCGAAGCUGCCGCCCUCCCGGAGCACAAGAGACGCAUCGGAUCAUGAGGGGGAUGACGACGGGCGGCGGAUCAGAAAAGAAGUCAAGCUUCCGUCGUCUGCUUCUGUGUCUGCUGCUGACGCUGGGUCGAAACUUUUACGGCACCGGUCGGAAAAUGUCGGGGCGAUUUUGACCAAGGGAGGGAAGCCCGGGCAGCCCGGAAAAUCUAUGGAGGAGAUUUUUGCGGAUAGGGAUAGGGAGAGGGAGAGGGAGAGGGAUGGGAAAGAGAAGGACGGGGAGGACACAUGGAAGAAAGGAGAGGAGGAGGAGCCGGUUCGGCCAAAGCGAACGUUGCGGCGCGGGCUUUCGUCUGCUAGUGUGUCUUUCGACCCGGAGGUUGAUGGUGGGGAGAAAGGAGGAGGAGAGGCGGGGGAGAAGGAGCGGGAGCGAGUCGGGAGGGAGAGCAGGGAGAGCCGCAGCGGAAGCAGCGCCAAGGGAAGGGACUUGGAGCGAUCUCCCUCACCUCCUCCCGCUUCCUCUGCUGCUGCUCCCGGUGCCGCCAGCGACGAAUCACAUGACGAGAAGGAGGGUGCUGGUGAGGAUGGUGGUGCGGGAGCAAAGGGGGGAGCAGCGGGGGCGAGGGGCAUGUCUCGGGUAUCGGAUAAGGCUAAGAGUGCCAAGGAGCGGCUGGAGGGGAACAGCUUGUUUCGGCACAAGUCGACCAACGUUUCUGCUCUUGUUCCGGUCUGGGACGGCCGCGAGGGGCGAGAUGGGAGAGACGGGAGGGAGGGGAGGGAGGGGAGAGAGGGGAGAGAUGGGUCGGCAAGAGGUGGUGGGGGAGCAAGGCCUGUUUCUCCUCUAUUGGAUGAAUCUUCUCGCUCCCGUCCGUCUAAUCGGGGAGGAAUAGGAGCUCCGCCGUCCCCCACAGCCAGUGUGAGCAGCCGAGCGGGCGGCGGCGGCCGGCGUGUUUCGGCUACUAAUGGCCUGGUCCGGCGGAAAUCUGCAGAUGUGGGGAAGCUGUUGGAGGAUUUGGGCGGCGACGGGGGGAAGGAUGCCGGGCGGGACGGGGCGGAGAGCACGAGCAGCGGCGGGCGGAAAUCGGCUGCUUCUGGCGGCUCGUCUGCUUCUCGGAGGCGGCCGAGUCGGGAUUUUGAUGACCUGGCGCGGACGGGCGGAGUUGUAUUUUCUGUGUCGGCGGGCGGCGGACUGAGUCCCCUUAAGGCGCCUAAAAUGGUGGCGCCUUGGAAGGGCGAUGAGAACGGGGAGGAGGGAGACGGAGGAGGGUUGCCGAGAAACGCAUCUCGGUCGUCCGCUGCUGGUGGUGGUGCCCGAUCCAAGGGCUCUGGUGGGCUUGCGAGAUUCAAAUCUGCUGACGUGUCGGCGAUGCUCAAGUGA